AGCGGCCGGUUCUCAAUCAGUUAGCCUCAGAGCUCCGCUUCAGAAUAACGUUACGUUACUUUCACAUAAACAAAAACAUUAAAACAAGUUUAAAAAUAACAGUGAUUUUACGUGACUUUUACAUUUUUACUCUCCAAAUAUAUUUGACGGACGAAAACAAUAGGAUUUUUCAGACAAAGGAUGAGAUUUAAGAUGAUAAAAUUAGCACUUUUGAUCAUCGCAUCGGCUGCGGCGGUGAACAGCCAAUGUUUUUACAAAGACGAUACAUCCAAAAAACUUAACCCCGACGAUCGAAUAAAUAUGUACAAGGGUCAACUACAUUUUACUUUAGACCUGUUUAAUGCAAUCAACAAAUAUGUACCGGAUGACAACAUCUUCUUCUCACCAUUUUCGGUGUACCAUGCCCUGCUCCUUGGGUAUUUUGCAGCGGGCCACCAAACAGAACAAGGGCUGAAACAAGCCUUGAAAAUUGCAGAUUCUUUGGACAAGGUGAACCUGCUGACGGCUUACAAAGUGGACAAGAGGUCGCGGGCUAUGAACAACAACAGUGACAGCUAUGAGUUCACAAACGCCAACAGGAUGUUCGUCGACAACGGGCUGCACGUCAGACAAUGUUUGCUCGACCUCCUUUCUGGGGAACUUGAAGCAUUGAACUUCCAAGACCAACCAGAUCAAUCAAGAGAUCACAUCAACAGUUGGGUCGAACGCGUUACAAAGAACAACAUCAAGGAUCUUAUUCCCGCAGACGGCAUCUCACAUUCCACGAAGCUGGUUCUAGCAAAUGCUGCGUACUUCAAAGGCGUGUGGGCCUCAAAAUUCCCCGCUGAAAGAACAAAGAAGCAAGUUUUCUACGUCUCUGAAACUCGCCAAACCUUAGUGCCGUUCAUGAGGCAAAAGGGAAUAUUCCAUUAUAUGGUAAAUGAGGACCUUGGAGCUCAAAUUCUAGAACUUCCAUACAAAGGCAAUGACAUCAGCAUGUACAUUCUUCUUCCACCUUACUCCAUGAAGGAAGGUGUAUCAAACAUAAUCAACAAUUUAACUCCGGAGCGUCUUGCCGCUGUAGUUGAAGAAGGUUAUAUGGGUCGCGAGGUUGUCGUUGAAAUACCCAAGUUUACCAUUGAAAGAUCUCUAGAACUUAAACCCAUUCUCGAAACUCUUGGUGUUGGUGAUCUUUUCAACGCGACAUCAGACUUCUCCACUCUUACCGAUGACCGCGGUAUUGUCUUCGAUGAUGCAGUCCAUAAAGCAAAGAUACAAGUUGACGAAGAAGGCACGGUAGCAGCAGCGGCAACAGCAAUAUUCGGCUUCCGAUCAUCUCGUCCAGCAGAACCAAGUGUCUUCAUCGCUAACUUCCCAUUCGUUUAUGUCAUUUACGAGAGACCCACCAACUCUAUACUCUUUAUGGGUGUUUACAGAGAUCCUAAGAAGUAAAAAGCGUAGAUACUUAUUAUUUAAAACAUGUUAUUUUCUCUUUAUUGUACGUAUACGUACCUCGUGUGAGUGAGAACGCUGAGAGGAAUAUGGAAUGUAUGGAAAUGGGACUACUAAAUACAAUGUAUUUAUUCAAAUAAAUCUCUCGAUUCAAUGUUUAUUUUACGGAAUAGUGAUAUGUUGAUCUUCAAGUAUUAUAAAAACUUAUUGAUGAAGAUGGGAAAGACGUUCUUUUAUACAUAAUAUUUUAUAUUAAUUUAUUAUAAAAAUUUUAAUUAAAAUAUUUUGUUUUA